AUGUGCCUGCCUUGUAGCAACUUAAUAUGUCUUUGCCUUGAAAGAACUGAAAAUGAAUGCGCUUGCCUUGUCAGAACUGAACAUGAAUGUGCUUGCCUUGUAAGAACUGAAAAUGAAUGCACUUGCCUUGAAAGAACUAAAAAUAAAUGCGCUUGCCUUGUAAGAACUGAAAAUGAAUGGACUUGCUUUGUAAGAACUGAAAAUCAAUGUGCUUGCCUUGUAAGAACUGAAAAUGGUUGUGCUUGCCUUGAAAGAACUGAAAAUGAAGUUGCUUGCCUUGUUAGAACUGAAAAUGAAUGUGCUUGUCUUGUACAUUUUUUCGUAAGAACUGGUAAUGAAUGUGCUUGUCUUGUAACAACUGAAAAUGAAUGCGCUUGCCUUGUAUCAACUGAAAAUGAAUGUCCCUGUCUUGUAAGAACUGAAAAUGAAUGGACUUGCUUUGUAAGAACUGAAAAUCAAUGUGCUUGCCUUGUAAGAACUGAAAAUGGAUGUGCUUGCCUUGAAAGAACUGAAAAUGAAGUUGCUUGCCUUGUUAGAACUGAAAAUGAAUGUGCUUGUCUUGUACAUUUUUUCGUAAGAACUGGUAGUGAAUGUGCUUGUCUUGUAACAACUGAAAAUGAAUGCGCUUGCCUUGUAUCAACUGAAAAUGAAUGUCCCUGUCUUGUAAGAACUGAAAAUGAAUGUGCUUGCCUUGUAAGAACUGAAAAUGAAUGUGCUUGCCUUGUUAGAACUGAAAAUGGAUGCGCUUGGCUUGUAACAACUGAAAAUGAAUGUGCCUGCCUUGUAACAACUGAAAAUGAAUGUGCUUGCCUUGUAACAAUUGAAAAUAAAUGUGCUUGCCUUGUAACAAUUGAAAAUGAAUGUGCCUGCCUUGUUAGAACUGAAAAUGAAUGCGCUUGCCUUGUAACAACUGAAAAUGAAUGUUCUUGCCAUGAAAGAACUAAAGAUGAAUGUGCUUGCCUUGUAACAACUGAAAAUGAAUGUGCUUGCCUUGUAAGAACUGAAAAUGAAUGUGUUUGCCUUGUAAGACCUGAAAAUGAAUGUGCUUGCCUUGUACGAACUGAAAAUAAAUGA